UCUGAGGCUAAAGAUUUCAUUUUGAAAAACAAAACAGAAACCCCAUUUGCUUUCCAUUCUAGUUUGAAAGAUUUUCAGUGGAAAGAGAGGAAGAAAGGCAUUCAUAUGUCACUAUGGAACCCUAUAACUCACUGUGCUGCUAUAAUCAAGAACAAGAAGAGCAGGAGGAGAGAUGGUUCUGGUCUGACCGAGGAGGGGAAGAGAAGGCCAUCGAUUCUCCGGCAAUUGCAGGAGAAUAAGCUCAGAGAGGCUCUUGAGGAAGCAUCUGAGGCUGGCUCUCUUUCUAAAUCACAAGACAUUGAUUCCUCGGAGCCUUCGAACCAAGAGGGUGGUGGCGGUCUUGGGCGCUCGAGAUCCCUUGCUCGCCUCCAUGCCCAGAAGGAAUUCUUGCGUGCCACUGCUCUCGCUGCGGACCGGACCUUUAGCUCUGAGGAGCGCAUUCCUAGCUUCCAGGAUGCCUUCAAUAAGUUCCUUACAGCGUACCCCAAGUUUCAAUCCACCGAAAAGAUUGACCAGUUGAGGUUGAACGAGUAUUGCCACCUAACCGAGUCGUCCGCAAAGGUAUGCCUUGAUUACUGUGGCUUUGGCCUCUUUUCGUAUCUUCAAACUCAACAAUAUUGGGAGUCAUCGGCAUUUACUUUGUCCGAGAUAACUGCGAAUUUGUGCAACCAUGCCCUUUAUGGAGGUGCCGAGAAAGGUACCGCGGAAGACGAUAUCAAGACUAGGAUUAUGGAUUAUUUAAACAUACCUGAAAAUGAAUAUGGGCUUGUUUUUACUGUGAGUAGAGGUUGUGCAUUUAAGUUGCUUGCUGAGUCUUACCCUUUCCAAACAAACAAGAAGCUUUUGACCAUGUUUGAUCAUGAGAGCCAGUCUGUGAAUUGGAUGGCUCAGAGUGCCAAGGAGAAAGGUGCUAAGGUUCACAGUGCCUGGUUUAAAUGGCCUACCAUGAAACUCUGCUCCAGGGAGCUGAGAAAGAAAAUUGCAAGUAAGAAGAGGAGGAAGAAGGAUUCUGCAGCCGGGCUUUUUGUAUUUCCUGUACAGUCGAGGGUAACUGGGGCCAAGUAUUCUUACCAGUGGAUGGCACUUGCUCAGCAAAACAAUUGGCAUGUAUUGCUUGAUGCUGGGUCAUUGGGUCCCAAGGACAUGGACUCUCUUGGGUUGUCCCUCUUUCGGCCAGAUUUUAUUAUCACCUCGUUUUACAGAGUAUUUGGCUCGGACCCAACUGGAUUUGGAUGCCUUUUGAUAAAGAAAUCUGUGAUGGGAAGCCUACAAAACCCAUCUGGACAUACUGGGUCAGGAAUGGUGAGGAUCCUCCCGGUUUUCCCCCAGUACCUUAGUGACUCCAUGGAUGAUGUUUUGGCUGGAACCGAAAAUGAUGCAUUAAAUGUCAAUGAAGAGUCUAUCCCCGAAACACAUGGGGGGUCGCAGAUGCCUGCAUUUUCAGGUGUCUUCACUUCCAACCAGGUGAGGAAUGUCUUUCAGGCUGAGGCAGAACAAGAUAACAGCUCAGACAGGGAUGGCGCUAGCACUUUAUUUGAGGCUGAUAGCAUUUCAGUUGGAGAGGUUAUGAAAAGUCCAGUUUUCAGUGAGGAUGAAUCUUCAGAGUAUUCAUACUGGAUCGAUUUGGGUCAGAGUCCAUUUGGGUCUGAUAAUUCUGGCCAGUUGUCAAAACAGAAAGCAGGCUCACCUUUGCCACCGUUGUGGUUUUCUGGCACAAGAAGCAAUAAGCGACUCUCUCCGAAACCAACGUCGAAAUUAUCAAAGAGCCCAAUAUAUGAUGACAGGAGGGUAAACCUCAAACUGCAUGAGGAUCCUGUGUUGUCCUUCGAUGCUGCUGUGUUAUCAGUGUCUCAGGAACUUGACCAUGUUAAGAAGAUUCCUGAAGAAGAGCAGUUUGUAGAAUCAGAUGCCUCUCGAAUUAGUGAAUAUUACGCAGAUUCCCAGCAAGUUGAGAUCCAAGAAGAGCAAGUGCAGAGUGAUACAAUGUUGAGUUCUACUGCAGAUGAAUCCAGACUCAAGAACCAGAAUUCCAGCCUUCAGCCUGGUAAUCGUGAGCAUUCCUCAACCUCUGAAAUACAUCCAGAAGUGAAAGAAAGUGCUAUAAGGAGAGAAACAGAAGGUGAGUAUAGACUGCUUGGAAGGAGGGAAGGUAAUCGAUUUGCUGGUGGUAGAUUUUUUGGUCUUGAAGAUGGUGACCGAGUUGCGAGCAUGGGCCAUAGGGUCUCUUUUAGCAUAGAAGAUAACCAAAAAGAAGAUUUGAACCGUUUGUUUGUGUCUGGAGAAGCAUCUAGGACUACCCUUGGUGAUGAUGAGUCUGUAAGUGAUGGUGAAUAUGGUAACGAGCAAGAGUGGGGAAGGAGGGAGCCUGAGAUAAUUUGUCAGCAUCUUGACCAUGUUAAUAUGUUGGGUUUGAACAAAACUACCCUCAGACUGCGGUAUAUGAUCAAUUGGCUUGUUACAUCAUUACUUCAACUUCGGUUACCUGGUUCAGAUGAAGGCAACGGAGAGCCGCUUGUGCAAAUAUACGGCCCUAAAAUUAAAUAUGAAAGGGGUGCGGCUGUAGCUUUCAAUGUGAGGGAGGGCAGUGGAAGAGGGCUUGUUCACCCAGAAAUUGUACAGAAGUUGGCUGAGAAACAUGGCAUUUCUCUUGGAAUUGGUAUACUUAGUCACGUUCAGAGAGUGGAUGGUCCAAAACAGCAUUGCAGAUUUGACCUUGAUGAUACAGCCUUGUGCAAACCAAUGGCUAAUGGCUGCCAAGAUGGUAAAAAUAUGUUCUUCAGAGUUGAGGUUGUUACUGCAUCACUCAGUUUUCUUACCAACUUUGAAGAUGUAUAUAAGAUGUGGGCUUUUGUGUCCAAGUUUCUUAAUCUGUCAUUUGUUGAAGGGGAUGAAUUAUGUACAGUCCCAGAAAGUUAGGAUUCGGAGCUUGUAUCCAUAUAUGUUUUUGUUUUCAUUUUGAAGAUACAGCAACCCCCACACCAACGCUUUUAGCUCUGUGGGGUUGGAAAUGCUGGAGCUUUAACCUUUCUGUAAUGAAAUCUGAGACAGUGAAUUAGUGGGAGAUGUUGAAGCAAAGAAACAAUCGAAGGAAA